GGAGGAAAGUUUUCAGAGCCGGGACAGCGUUGCCUAGCAGCUAGGCGGAGGACUCGGGCCAGUUCCCUAUUUUUUUUUUUACGCGCAUUUCGAGGAACGUUUCUCCACUACUCUCCGUUUACCUGUCAUCUCUCUAGCUGUAUUCUUUAUUUUUUAUUUUUAUUUUUUUUUAAAAACGCCAAACAUGCCCCAGACCGUGACACUAAGGGGACCCUCUCCGUGGGGGUUUCGGCUGGUGGGAGGACGGGACUUCAGCACACCGUUAACCGUCUCCAGGGUAACACCUGGCAGCAAGGCGGCUCUGGGUGACCUGUCUCCAGGCGACACCAUUCUGGCUAUCAAUGGCGACAGCACGGAGCAGAUGACACACAUGGAGGCUCAGAACAGGAUCAAAACCUGCACUCAGCAGCUCACACUCAGCAUCACCAGAUCGGGAUCGGGAGAAAGAGUGUGGUCACCGAUACUUAGUGAAGAUGGCAAGACAAGCCCUUACAUGGAGCCCGACUCACAGAAGUUUCGUCCCAUCACCAGCGGAUACACCAACAGCUACCCCCGCAAGUCUUCGUACACCUCCGAGGCCCAGUCCCCUCCGAUUUCCCAGUCCCCUCAGGCUCCUCAGCCCGUUCACCUGAACAACGGACACUCCAGACCCAACAACGGCCACAGCUACGGCUACGGGAACGGGACCGGGCACGCUCAGUACAACAGCCCGGCGGGACUUUACUCUCACAACGGCAGCAACGGAGACAGAGCAUCUCUGCCAAGCAAGAUGGGAGGUCUCAGCCUCAGCGCCACACACAGCCCAGAGCCUCCCAUGCACUCCCCUGUGAGCCGUAACGGUUUUGACCCACAGUCAGACGUCUACAAGAUGCUGCAGGACUACGAGGAGCCCGUCUCUGAACCCAAACAGUCUGGCUCCUUCAAGUACCUCCAGGGAAUCCUGGAAGCCGAGGAUGGAGGUGUCUCACCAACGGACAGGAUGAGGAACCUAAAGUCUCCAGUCAGGUCUCCAAUCCCUAAGGUGGGAAGCCCCAUCCCCAGCCCCAUGCCUGGUCUCCAGAAGCUUCCACAGUGCACGCGCUGCGGAAAUGGCAUCGUUGGCACCAUUGUGAAGGCCAGGGACAAGCUCUACCACCCCGAGUGCUUCAUGUGCGACGACUGUGGCGUCAACCUCAAGCAGAAGGGUUACUUCUUUAUCGAGGACAAUCUGUACUGUGAGACCCACGCCAAGGCCCGCGUCCAACCCCCAGAGGGCUACGACGUUGUUGCCGUGUACCCCAACUCCAAGGUGGAGCUGGUCUGAGAGGGAGGAGCUGGCUGUGCUGUAAUAUAUAACCGGGUAGUGUGGGGCUAAAGGGGCGUCCUGUCUAUCAAACAAGGGCUGCUAAUCUUGGAUCGGUUUUGCAUUUGGGAGAGCCUCGCUGAUCCCAGAUUAGUAAUUCCACACUGACAGACUUGCUAAUGUGUAUCGUGCAUAUGUUGACAGAAAAACAGAAAAAAGAAAAAAAAAGACUGCCUUCAUCUCUAAACCAGCGUGUUAAUAUUAAAUAUUCUAGAUCCAGGAGAUAUGCUGAGCACCACGUCAGAAUAAUUCAUUUACUACCAGCAUAACCAACUCAAGCCUUACAGUAACUUUAAGACUUUUGUGCAUUAUCACGGGAGGUUUUUGUGCUGAUUGUUGUGUUUGCAGUGGCAAACUGCGCAGAGGAUUUUGGGGGUUUGUAUCUUCUGGGACUGCUUUUGGAUUGUCCGCACAAGCACAUUACAAAGUGUCCGUCUGCAUUGUGAGAAGUCACAUAAGGUGGAGCGAUACGUGUUUUGUUUUUCUUUUUGUUUUUUUUAAAUUCUCGGUUAAGGGUCAAAAGGUUUCAGUGUCUUUGUAAUUAUGCUACAGUUAAACUCAUUAUACUCUCAUCGGAUGCAUUUUUCAUUUACGUGUUUUACUUUUCAGACUUUCUAUGCUACAAACCAGCGGCGGCAGGGGGGGCGUCUAUGUUUAAUAACCACUUAUUCUGCUCGGUUUGAUAAGCAAUAACUCACUGUAAGCAGGUCUCUGGCUAAUUGUUGUGUCUUUUCUUUGGAGACUGGAAUAACAUGGGCUCAAAGUAGGGUGAAUACAGUUUGGAGCUUGCAAAGUACACAAUAAUUCCAUUUUACACACAGUUUUCUGCUUUACACAGAUUUUUUUUUAGUAUUAUUAUUAUUUCACAAAUUAGUUUCACACCACUCGUGCGAACUGGAAUAAUUUCUCCUGCAGAUAUAUAUUUACAGGUUUCCAAGGGUUUAUUUGCUUCGACAAACAUCGGAACCACCUUUGAACUUAAUGACCCUAAUUUGAGCCCACGGGUUUACCAACCAAACCGUAACCUGUUGUUGUAAAUGAGUCCACAUGCGGCUGUGCAAGCACCACCCUGCGAAAAGUAAACACAUCCCCGCGUGAGACGUCCUGGAAGCUCCGUGAGAAACUUUAAAGGGCCAAUCGGCCGCAGUAAUCUCCCCCAGAUGUCAUCACGGCGGCCUUAAUUUAUAAGCAACGAAAUUCAAAAGGAAUGAGACUUUAAUGAUGGAGUGACUUAGGUUAGCGCGGUGCUCGCGAGAUAUUUUGAGCCGCCGUGAUGCACACGUACGCACGGGAUUAGCGGCCAGCGGUGGUACGGGUGCUUCGGGCUCAUGCACCUGACUGAGAGAGGAACUCGCACUAAAGAAUUCCUGCUCAUAAACGCAGGAAGAAAAAAGAAAAAAAUCUCCAGGUUCACAUCAAUAUGCUCUCCCCCUGUCAGGACGUAUUUAAAAAAAGAAAAAGCAAAUGUACAUUUUAGACGGAUGACAUGGACCUCCUCCGUCGACCAUAGAAAUCUGUUGUAAACUCAACCGCCUGCAACAUGUGGUAGUAAUACACACUUUGUUUUGUCUUUUUGGACCCACGGCACAGAUUCAUUACAGUUCCUCUCCGAAAGAGAGAGAAAAAGACAGAAGUUGGAAGCAUGCAUAGCUGUAUUCCCUUCCUACUAUGAUUUCUAGAUUUCAGGUCACAGCCAAACACCUGAAAUGUAUUUCUGCGCUUCCUCUGAGGAGAAAGGGAGGGAGCAAGAAGGGGCCGAGGAUGAGAAAUGAGGGGCCGGUGUGUAUUUUCCCUUUCUGACAGAAGAAGUAUGUCAUUAUCUAGCCAUCAGCUUAUUGUGAAUGGUGGGGGUGAACCGGGUGGAGCGGAGCGUUGUUAUUCCUCAUUUUAGAAAGAUUUCUGAAAUGAGAAUGAAUUUUUGCAGUGCUGAUAUCCAUCACCGUUCCCCAUAUAUUUCCCAUCCACACUUGUAUUCUUGUAAAUUAUGUGAAAAUGUCUAUCGCCGCCACGUCGUCUCUUUGGUCUUGUACAUAUUUGUUCCGUUGUGAUCGCUUCAACAUGCAGUACAUAACUUGUCACUCGCGUGCCUUCGCAUACUGCCUCUAAAAGAUUCCUUUAACACGAAUCCUUUUCAUGUGUUUAACUUAUUGUUCUACCAGCACGUGUUUUUGUUCUGGAUCUUCUCGUUUUGCUCUUUAUUUUUUUUCUAGGUUCUGAAUAAAUGGAAAAGCUGCAUUACCAUGAAA